AUGUUAUCAGGUGUCGGACCUAAAUCUCAUCUUGAAGAGUUCGGCAUCGAAGUAAAGGCUGAUUUGCCCGUCGGAGAGAACCUUAUGGAUCACGUGUCAGCAAUUGUUGGUAUCACUUUAAAGGAAUCUGAUGAAAAAGUUUUACCCAACACCAUGCAAUUCCCUGUCCCGAUGACGACUGGUUACGUGUCACUCGACGGCACUGAAGACCCCACAUACCAAUCAAUUAAUCUGUACUUCCCUCACGAUAAUGCUGGUCUUCUGCAAUUGUGUGCAUUUGCUUUCAAGUACAACAACACUGUAUGUGAGGCGCUGUACAAAGCCAAUACCGGCAGAGACUUACUUUUCAGUGUUAUUAACCUGAUGCACCCCGAGUCCUCUGGCUCAGUCCGUCUGAACAGCGUCCACCCUGCCGCUAACCCGACCAUCAAUCUCGGCCACUUGUCCAACCCUAACGAUCUGGACAACCUCGCCAAAUCCCUGCAAGACUUCGUGACUUUGUUAGAUACUUCUUACUUCAAAAACAUAGGUGCUAAGUUGGUUGAUAUCGACUUGACCUGCAAUAGUUUGGACCGCACUAGCUUCGAGUUCUUCAAGUGCUAUGCUAGAUGGAUGUCGGCGACUAUGUGGCAUUACAGCAGUACUUGUGCUAUUGGUAAAGUUCUGGACAGCGACAUGACAGUGAAAGGUAUUCAGAAUCUUCGAGUUGUGGACGCUUCAGCCAUGCCUUACACCGUCACGGGCAAUAUCAUAUCGAACAUCUAUGCCAUGGCGGAGAAAGCAGUAGAAAAUAUUAAGGCAAAAUGGUGUUUAAGCUGA